CGGCUCACCUUGCCCGGCACCCCGCGGUGGUCGGUGCUGCCCUGCCAGAAGCGGCGGCUGAAGCCCCGGACGCGCCCCACCAGCUUCUCCUGGGUUCGAUCCCAAGGAUGGAUUUCACGGAGGCCUAUUCCGACCGGUGCUCGGCCGUGGGCCUGGCAGCCAGGGAAGGGAACGUUGAAAUCCUGAGGAAAUUAAUUGCUCAGGGAUACAGCAUCGAUGUCCCGGAUAACAGGAGGUGGGUGCCCAUCCACGAAGCGGCAGCACACAAUUCCAGUGAGUGCCUGAGGCUGCUCAUUCGUGCAGCCCCAUCUGACGACUACAUCCACUCGAGGACGUUUGAAGGGCUGUGUGCUCUGCACCUCUCGGCGCGUCACGGGGCCUUGGAAUGUCUCCGUGUCCUCCUGGAAGCCGGGGCCGACCUCAACGAUGUCACCACUGAUGCCACCACCCCGCUCUUCCUAGCUGUUGAAAAUAAACACACAGAGGUCAUAAAGUUUCUGCUCCAACACGGAGCAAAUAUUGAAGGUCCUCAUUGUUGGUCUGGAUGGAAUUCUUUGCACCAAGCUUCUUUUCAGGGUUCCACUGAGAUAAUGGAAAUCCUGCUGGAGAAAGGGGCAAGCAAGAACUGCAGGGAUGACUUUGGAAUUACCCCCCUGUUUGUGGCUGCUCAGUAUGGCCAGCUGGAGAGCUUGCGGCUGCUGGUGUCCCGUGGUGCAGACCUCAACUGCCAGGCCAAGGACAGAGCCACCCCCCUGCUGAUUGCUGCCCAGGAGGGACACUUGGAAUGUGUGGAGCUGCUCUUGGCAGCAGGGGCAGACCCAAACCUCUACUGCAACGAGGACCAGUGGCAGUUACCGAUUCACGCCGCGGCCGAAAUGGGCCACGCAAAGAUCCUGGAGCUGCUGAUCCCAGUUACUGACCGGAUCUGUGACAGGGGCAAGGGCAAACUGAGCCCUGUGUAUUCCGCCAUAUACGGAGGGGACGGGGCGUGUCUGGAGAUGCUGCUCAAACAGGGCUUCAGCCCAGAUGCUCAGGAGUGCCUUGACUUCGACUGCAGAUCCCCCAUGUGCAUGAUCUUCCAAAAAGAGUAUUUUCACUUCAUCGACGUCCUCCUGAAGUACGGGAUCACCCUCCGGGCCGUCAACUUGGGCCACUGCCUGUGCCAUAAGAAGUUCGCUUUGUUUCGGCGCUUCCUGAGGCUGGGCUGUUCCCUGCCCUCCGGGGAGGAAUUACCGGAUUUCAUCCACUACAGCACCGCGGUGCACAAGGAAUACAAGCAGUGGCUGCCCUCCCUGCUCCUGGCUGGCUUCGACCCCCUGAAUUUCAUGUGUGCCCUCUGGAUUUUCUCCGCGAGCGAAAACGUCCUUAACUUUGUCCUGGAGUUCCUGAACUGGAGCAGACUUCCUCGAGGUGUGGAGGAACACCUUUCCCAAUACAAGGAGAAGUUCACCUGGACUCCCAAGAGCCACUUUGCCUUCAUUCCGCCCCUGUCUCACCUGUGCCGGCUGGAGAUCCGGUCCCUGCUGAGGAGCGAGCGGCUGCGCUCGGAACGCGCCAUCCGGGAAUUGCCGCUGCCGGUUUGCCUCCAGGAAUACCUGCUCUACCUGGACGUGCUGCGGCUCAACGCUAUCCCAGACCUGGAGGAUCCCCCGGGGCAGGGAGAGCAGGCAGCUGAGGAUGCAGGGAGGAGUGACACCAGUAGCACCAGUGCCUGAACUCUGCAGGUUUUGUAACGGGAAUUAGGGGAUGCGACUGUAAAUACCUUGCUGUAAGAAUUCUUUUCGAGCUGUAGUUUUAUACUACGUCUAUAACUUUGCUACCACUUCUAUUGUUUAAGAAGCCUGUUGUAGCUUUCUAAGUGAACAUUUUCUGUUUGUUUUUUUUUUUUUUUCUAACUCUGAGGGGGUAAAAUGAGCUUGUUCAAUGAACACAGCUUACAGAGUGGUCAAAAUCUGUCAGUCGACACUUUAUUCCAAAUACAGCAUUUACCAAAUGGCACAAUCUGACAGUCAGGGAACACAGUAUUGCAUCAUUAUUGCCAAUUUGUGUGUUGGGGAGGAAUGUAGCUGAACCAGAGAAAGGCAAAUAACAUAAGAAAGGAAAUUGUUUGCUGAA